AUGAAUUAUAAAAGAUUACCUGAACCAAUACUUGAAUAUAAUUAUGGUCCACGAGGAAAUGCACUUGCUGAUUUUGAUGGUGAUACAUUGAUUGAUAUGGUUGUUGUGAAUCAUCUUGUUGAUAAUAUUGCCAUUUAUAAAGGAGAUGGAACUGGACAUUUCAUAAAACAAAUUGAAUAUUCAACUGAUCUCCAUUCAGAACCUUAUAUGGUCGAUACAGGUGAUUUUAAUCAUGAUUCACAUAUUGAUAUUGCUGUAGCGAAUUUUGCUGGUAAUAAUAUUGGAAUUUUUCUUAAUUUGGGUAAUGGAUUAUUUGAUAAUCAAAUAAAAUAUUCAAUUGGUUCAUCUCGUCCAAUUUAUCUUCUCAUCAAAGAUUUAAAUAAUGAUACAUAUCUGGAUAUAAUUACUGCUAAUUAUGGUACACAUAGUAUUAGUGUUCUAUAUGGUGAUGAUGAUGAUGGAAAAUUGAUGAAUCCAAUUUUCUAUUCAACUGGUUAUGAUUCUUAUCCAUCUGCAUUAGCUGUUUGUGAUCUUGAUAAUGAUUUAUAUUUCGAUAUAAUUGUUGCUAAUUAUGGUACAAAUAAUAUUGGAAUAUUUUAUGGAAUUAAUAAUAAGAAUUUCUCCAAUCAAAUAAUUAUAUCAACUGGUUAUAGUUCUCAUCCAAUUUCAAUUGCUAUUGGUCUUUUUAAUAAUGAUGAUUUUUAUGAUAUAACUGUUGCUAAUUCUGGAACAAAUCUGAUUAGUAUAUUUACAAAUAAUAGAAAUAAAACUUUUAUAAAAUCAACAGCAUAUACUUUUGAUGAUAAUACUUCUCCAUAUUCUAUUGAAGCUGGUUUUGUUAAUAACGAUAAUUAUCUAGAUUUAAUUGUUUCAAAUAAAGGCAUUGAUAAUCUUGGUGUUUUGUUAGGAGAAGGAAAUAGUUCAUUUAUAUUAUCAAAAAUGUAUUCAACUGGUUCAACUUCUUCAAUUUCAUUUGCUACACAUGAUAUUAAUAAAGAUAAUCGAUUAGAUAUCGUUUUAGUUAAUAACGAUAUAGGAUCUUUAGAUAUUUUCCUUGGUCAAUUCGAAGGAUUUUAUAGUUUAAGUUCACAUUUAAUUGAAAUAUCUCCAAAUUAUGCAUUUAUUUAUGAUUUAAAUAAUGAUAAUUAUUUAGAUGUCAUUAUUGUUUCUAUGUUCCAGAACUAUAUCAGAAUUUCGUUAGGAAAUGAAUAUAAUUCUUUUAUUGAUCGAUCAACAUAUACUGUUGGUAAUUCUCCAUCAAAUGUAGCUUUUGGUGAUUUGAAUAACGACACAUUUGUUGAUAUUAUUGUAGUUAAUAGUUUGGGUAAUGAUAUAAGUCUACUUUUCGGAUUUGGAAAUGGAAGUUUUAUGUCUGAACUAAGAUAUACUGUUGAUAAAUAUCCAGCGGAUCUAGUCGUUAUUGACAUUAAUAAUGACAAUUAUUUAGAUAUUGUUGUUAUCAGUACGUUUAGUAAUAAUAUGAGUAUUUUAUUAGGUUAUGGAAAUGGUUCUCUAGCAUAUCCAAUAACUACUUUAUCUUUUAAAGAUCCAACUGUGAUGGCAGUUGCUGAUUUUAAUAAAGACUCAUUGUUAGAUAUUGUGGUUGCAUUAAAUAUUAAUUAUAUCAAUAUUUAUCUUGGACUUGGAAAUUGUUCUUUUACAAACAUAGCAACGUAUACAGUCGGUUCACGUCCAUCUAAGCUAAUAAUUCAAGAUUUGAAUAAUAACAAACUAUUAGAUUUAGUAGUUAUAAAUUAUGAUAGUAAUGAUAUAGAUGUUCUCAUGGAUUUCACAAAUCAAUCUUUUAUAAGUCAAUCGAAAUAUUCAGUCGGUUCUGCACCAUUUUCUGCUAUAAUUGCUGAUUUUAAUAAUGAUAAUCUAUUAGAUAUUAUAACUGCUAAUGUACAUGGUUCCGAUAUAAGCAUCCUUUUCGGAUCUAAUGAUAGUACAUUUGCAAAUCAACUGAAAAUAAAUAUCGGCAGUUAUCCACUUUGUAUAGCUUCUUAUGAUUAUAAUAAAGAUUCAAGAUUGGAUUUACUUGCUGUUACAUGUACUCCAACUAACAUGGAUAUUAAUAUAUUACUUCAAUAUAAUCGAGGAUUUCUUGUUAAUAAAGUAACUUAUACAUCUGCAGAUGGUGCUCAUCUUCGAUAUAUUAACACAUAUGAUAUGAAUAAUGAUACUUAUCAAGAUAUUAUUGUUGCGAAUUAUGGUUCAGAUAAUAUUGGAAUUUUAUAUGGAUAUGGAAAUAAUACAUUUAGUGAACAAAAACUUAUCGAUACUGGUUUAAAUUCUCGUCCAUCAUCUCUUGUUAUUAAUGAUUAUAAUGGUGAUCAUCAAUUAGAUAUUCUCUUUUUUAAUUAUGAACAGAAAAUUUUCCAUAUGUUAAAUAAAGAUGGACAAGAAAUGAAUACAUCUAUUAAUAGUGUUAUUUUUGAUUCGAUUCCAUCAAUUAUUAUUGCAAAUGAUUUGAAUCAUGAUCAACGUUCUGAUAUUCUUGUUACAUAUGAUAAUACUUCAAACCUAGAUACCAUUUAUUUGAAAGAAAUUCGAACAUUUAUCAACAAACAUCUAUAUCUUAUUGAUAACGAUACAUAUGAUUUAUAUUUUCAAGAUUUUAAUAAUGAUACUUAUUUAGAUAUGUUAAUUGUUUAUGAAAAUACCGGCAUUCUUGCUGUACUUCUUAGAAAUAAAGAUGGAACAUUUUCAAAUCCAAUGAAAUAUUCAGUGAAAUCUAAUAUAUUAACUACAAAAAUCGAAGAUAUGAAUAAAGAUUCCAUAUAUGAUAUUAUUACCAUUAAUCACCGCAGAAAAGAUAUAAGCGCAUUUUUUGGUCUUGGUAAUGGCUCUUUUGGUGAUGAAAUAAAAUCUGCAUCGUUUAAUUUAACACCCACACAAGCUAUUUUUGAUGAUUUUAAUAAAGAUUCUAUCAUGGAUCUUACUAUAUACGACAUGGAUAAAGAUUUUGUUCUUGUCCUUUUUGGUAAUAAAAAUGGUAUAUUUUCUGAUGGAUUAAAAUGCAAAACUAGUGCUGAAAUUCAACUUGUACGUAUAAAUGAUAUCAACAAUGAUUUUAUAAAGGAUAUCGUCGUUUUACAUUAUCAAAAUAGUUAUGUAGAUAUUCUUUUCGGAUUAAAAAAUGGAUUUUUUUCUAAUCCAUUACAUUAUUUCAUAGGUAAUGGCUUGAAUGAAAUGGAAAUUGUUGAUAUUGAUAAUGAUAGUCAAAUGGAUAUUAUUGCGACUUUCGAUGGAAAAACUUAUUUAAAGAUGUUUUUUGGUUAUAAAAAUGGUUCAUUCACUAAUGAAAUCACAUAUGUCACUGGCUUUAUGAUGGAUUUUUUAGUUGCUGUUGAUUUAAAUAAUGAUACAAAACCAGAUAUCAUUGGUAGCAGUUUUUAUAGUAGUGAAAUAAUUGUUCUUGUUGGAUAUAACAACGGAUCUUUUAAUAUUCAAUCAAAAUAUCUUAUUGGUAGUACACCAUCAGAUAUACAAGCAAUUGAUAUCAAUCAAGAUUCUUUUGUGGAUAUUAUUGUUGCUAAUCGUUUUAGUAAUGAUAUUAGCGUUCUUUUUGGAAAUGGGCAAGGAUAUUUUGAAAAUGAAAGAAGAUAUGCAAUUGGUAUCAGUUCAACAUAUAUGACUAUUAUUGAUUUUGAUCAAGAUUCAAAACUUGAUAUUGUUGUUCAGCAAUCAAUUAGUUAUUAUAUAAGUAUUCUUUUUGGAAUUGAUACAGAAGUUUAUGUUAAACAAACAAUCUUUAUUAUGGACAAUAAUUCUCAUCCUCAAUCAUUAAUUAUUAAUGACUUUAACAAUGAUAAGUACCAAGAUAUUGUCAUACUAAGUGAUAAUACACAUACUAUGAAUGUGUUUCUUGGUUAUGGUAAUCUUUCAUUUCAUAAAGAAAUAACUUAUCCAAUUGAAAUCUAUUCAUCUAUUUAUUCAUUGACAAAUGGUCAUUUGAAUAAUGAUUAUUAUUUAGAUCUCGUUAUUGCAAAUUAUAAUACAUCUACUAUUGAUGUUUUUCUCGGUAAAGAAAAUGGUUUAUUUAAUGAUCGAAGAACAUAUUCAACAGGUUCGAAUUCUUUUCCAUCUUCAAUCGUUGUUAAUGAUUUUAAUAAUGAUACUUACCAAGAUAUUGUAGUUGGUAAUUCUCGAAGUAAUACCUUAGGAAUUUUUUUGGGAAGAAAUGAUGGAACAUUUGAAGAAAUGAUUAGUUUUGCAUUAGAAUAUGGUUCACAACCAUUUUCGCUUGUUGAAGGUGAUUUUAACGGUGACCAUAAAUUAGAUUUUGCUAUUGCAAAUGCUGGCAGUGACAGUUUAGAUAUUCUUGUACAAACUUGUUAA